AUUGUAGUUCAAAUCGCUUCUCAUUGACAAUCAACCUGCCAAUUGUUUCUCGGAUGCAUACGCCGAUCAUAUUCCUUUUGGCUUUAGUGCCAGUGGCCCUUGCCUCCUACUGUGGACAAUCAGCUAUUCCAUACACUUUCCAAGUACUAAGAUCUGGCUACCCUGUUCUUGGGUGUGCAAGACCAAAAUGCUUCGGAUGGACUGCAAAUGGAACAAGAGCUGGAGAAACUGCUCAAUUCUAUAGAGUUGCUGGAAAGGAUGAUGGAUACCUCAGAAGAUCCGAUCAAUUCAUCAAGAGCCCAAGCAAAAAUCCAAACUUUGUUCCACAACUUGCGAUUUGCACUGAUGAAUACAAAUCAAAAACAUGCGAGGAGGGAGAGUGGGUUGGAGGGCUUUCACCACAAUCGGAUCCAUUCGCUGACCAACUGGAGAUGAAAUGCUGCAGUUAUCAAGUUCUUAUCAGCGCAGAGGAUCGCGGAAACGCUAUUGUUAAGCAAGGACAAUUGGUAGUUGGAGGAGAGGUUUUGGAUGGUUCUAGACUUGUUGCUUUUGAUUACAUCUCGAAUUUGAGCAAGAGUGUUUCCGAAAAUGGAACCGUUGUUUACGUUGCUUCUAUCAAGCGAAUGCCAUGCUUCGACGAAGAGCAAGCUGUGGAGAACAAGAAACGAGAAAACACAAUCGUCGAGGCCGCCGCCGUUGUUGAACAACCAGCAACCACCCCAACAGCUUCUUCUGUUGUCACUCACCAACCAUCAGUCACAGUUCCACAACAGGGAGCUCCACUUAACAUUCAACCAUAUGCUCCACAACAACAACAAGUCCAACAGCCAGCUCAAGUCGCUUACCCGGGAGUUGUGAAUCCAGCCACAAACUACGGACAAUUUUCUCAACAAGCGUACGGAGUCGCACAAAAUGGACAAUAUUCUGGAUAUCCACAAUAUGCUCAACAGCAACCUCAGCCACAAUACUACCAAGACCCAUUUGCCGCAAUGCUUCAACAACAGCACCAAGCAUUCCAGCAACAAGUUUAUGCUAACCAGCAGCAGCAACAACAACAGAUGCAGCAGCAGCAGCAGCAACAACAAGCACAACCACAGCAACAGCAGCAACCAGCUCAGCCACAGCAACAACUUGGAUUUGCCCCACUCCCACAGUUCCCACAACCAAUGAUGUUCCAAGCUCCACAAGUUGUCGCUCAGCCAGGAGUAGCAGCAGCAGCAGGAGUUCCACAAAUGCCAAUUGGUGCUCUUCCACAAAUGCCGGUUCAAAUGACAUCUACACUUCCACCAAUGACCCUCCCAAAACUUGAGGAUCUUCCAAAGCUUCAAAUUCCAAGCGUAGAAGAUGUUGAGCAGGUCAUCCCACCAGUCCAGCGUGCCAUUCUAACCAGUGUUGCCAAAUUUUUCGGAGUCCUCUAAAAGCGCCAACUAGCUAGCCUCAAUUAUCACAUAUGAUUUCAUUUGUCCCAUUUCGAAAGCUCGUACUAAUAACACAAAAAUCUACUAUUUAUCUGAGAACAGUAAUAAAUACAAUUUUC